UAGCUGACCCAUUUCAGGAAAAACCCUAGCUCACCCCACCGCGCCUCUUAUAAACUUCACUCUAUCUUUGGAUCCAGUGAGUAAACCCUAGCCUCUGGAUUCCUUUGUUCUUUCCUUAAAAUUAUCCUUCUAGAAUCUACCCCCAAUGGAUUAUAUUACUCCCUCUGUCCUCUGCUAGGGUUUCCAGCUCUCUCUCUCGCUCGCUCUCCGCCCUUUUUCUUUCCUUGUCCUGUAAUUUUCUUCUUCUUCUUUAGCUAGAGAUGGAGGUUGCUUUGAGAAGUGCCGAGAGCAAUGGAGCUGCUGAUUUGGUUAGGGUUUUCGUCGGCACUGUUCUGAUUGCUCAAAAGGCUCUCUUUUUGGUUCUCCUUGCGAUAGGCUUAUUGUCAACGGAAAGCCAUGCAUUGGGUACGGCGGCCGAAGUCAUCACUGGGUUGCCUGUAGUUGCUAUGGGGAAAAACAAAGCUGAACCUGAGAACAAGGAUGCUGGUGACUCUGAAGACGAUGAAGACGAUGAGGAGAACGAGGACGAGGAUGCUGGAGAUGACCAAGGUGAUGAUGGCGGUGAAGGCGACUCGGGCGAUGAAGCGAAAAACAAUGAGGGAGGUGAAGAGGCUGAUGAUCCCGAGGCAAAUGGUGAAGGGGGGAGUGAUGACGAGGACGAAGAGGACGAUGAUGACGAGGAGGAUGAUGAUGAAGAUGAUGAAGACGAGGACGAAGAGGAGGAUGAAGAUGAUGAAGAUGAAGAAGUUCCUCAGCCUCCCGCUAAGAAAAGAAAAUGAAGGUGUCGAUUUGAGUAGGGUUGUUGAUGAUUAGGAGAUAGAACAUGGUGGGUUGUGUAGAAUUAGAGGGGUAACUGAAUCAGUAGGAAAACGGAAAAUGCCCUGUUGUGAAAAACCUUGUUUAAAUUUCAUAUGGUAUCAUUCUGUUUUUGACUUUGGCGCAAGUUGAAUGCCCCAUUAUCUCUAUGUGCAUCCUAGCAUUGCUGUGAUAAUUGUUGCCCUUUGACCAUGCA